AUGUCUAACAAUAUUGUGCCUACUGUGUACAAUAGCGUAAUAAGGGAUGUUAUUGAUAAUGUGAAAAAAGACUUUGAAGAUAAUGGUGUCGAUGAAUCAGUAUUAAAGGACCUAGAGCGCAUAUGGGAGAAAAAGAUUAAAAGCGCAAAGGUUGCACAAUGGGACAAUGGUUUAUUAAAUGAAGACAACAAUCAAAAUAAUGAUGCUACAAAUAUUGGUCAUCAUCAGCAGCCACCUCAAUCUGAUUCCAAUCAAAAGUAUCAACCUGGGGAAGUACCAGUCGCAAGUCUUCCAAGCCGUGCGGUUUUAAAUACUCAUUCCGAUCUUAAUAGUGUAGGCAGGCCUCCACAUAAUCCUAUCAAAAAUGUUAAUGUUAAUACAUCUCUGGUACAUGCAUCACUGGCUCCUCCAUCAUCUGCUUCACCCGAUAUUUCGAAUAGAAGCAGCUCAGCGAUUCCUUUAAACAUUCAAGCUGAUGUAGCAUACGCGUCAUCAAAUAAAGUUUUAGAUCAGAAGUUUAUGUACCUUCAAGGCCCACAUUCGAAGGGUUUACAGGAAAAUCAAAAUCUCGAUAAGCUCAUUCCUCGUAACGUUAAUAAUAACAUUAUAAGUCAUCCGACUCCGCAACACCUCCCAGAGUUCAGUCGACCAUUGUAUGCGGAAAAUGAUGAUAUUAAUUCUGAUCUUGAUGAUUCAGAUGAAGAAACCAAUGCCGAGGGUGAAGAAACACAAAAUAUUAUUUUAUGUUUAUAUGACAAGGUUACUCGUACAAAGAAUAAAUGGAAGUGCCAAUUGAAAGAUGGUAUCAUGUCAGUGAAUGGACGUGAUUACCUCUUCCAGAAAGGCAAUGGUGAUUUUGAGUUUUAA